CAAUCGCUAUUCAGGGCGGUCAAUUAGGCGAAACCGCUGCAAAAUGGCGGAGUGUAGUUGUGUGUGAAGACACUAUCAUCCCGUAACUCGCCAUGAAGGGAAAAGAGCGCUCCCCGGCCAAGGCCAAACGGUCCCGGGGGGCGGAGGAAUCAACUCGCGAGAGAAGCGGAAAAAAACUGAGCUCCGGUGGAGGCAGUAACGGAUCAUCGGGAAAGACAUCUGAAAGCAGCACAGGCCGCCGGAGCCUGCAUGUGGAAAAGGCUAUUUCCUCGAGCCGCGACUAUGAUCAAUCGAGCAGAGCCCAGGGCUUGCAUCGCUACGGCUCCCCCGGGGCAAGCAGUGGCAGUAGCAGCAGUAAAGGUGGCGCUGAGAGCCGAGGCGGCGGCGGCCGGGCUACAGAGAGCCGUGCAGAGCCAGAAUACUACAAAUCCUUGCGGAUAAGCGAGCUGGGCUCCUCGCUAAGUGACGAGGCAAUAGAGGAUGGACUUUUCCAUGAAUUCAAAAAAUUCGGAGACGUAAGUGUGAAAAUCUCUCGCGAGGGGGACGAGCGUGUGGCCUUAGUGAAUUUCAGGCGCGCCCUGGAUGCCCGAGCCGCUAAGCACGCCCGCGGGAGGCUUGUCCUUUACGACAGACCCCUCAAGAUUGAGGCUGUUUAUUUGAAUGUCGGCGGUACUAACCGGAGGCGCAGCCGCAGCCCUGGGGAGAAAGACUCGUAUGGCGGACUCGCCGCCGCUGUUUCCACACUAGCCACACACAGGCACCCUCACGGCCAGCGCGCACUCUCCCCCGGCGGCCUGGGCUACAGAGACUAUAGGCUGCAGCAGCUGGCUCUGGGGCGCCUCCCACCGGCUCCGGCAGCUCUACCCAGGGAGCUGGACAGGGAACGGGAAUACAGCCUUUAUGAUAGCCGGCUAAGGUCUACCUACACAGUAGAUCCCCGACUGAACUUUAGAGACGAAGACCUUGCUUUAGAGAUUGAUGCCAGAGCUAAUCGUACACUCUUUGUUGGAAAUCUGGAUGUCGUUGUCAAGGAGAGUGAAAUUUAUAGGGUCUUUGGACGUUUUGGAACUAUUACAGAAGUAGAUAUAAAACGAGCUGGUCGUGGGCAGCAAACGACCUAUGGUUUCAUAAAGUUUGAAAACCUUGACAUGGCUCACAGGGCAAAGGUUGCAAUGUCCGGCAAGAUGCUUCGUAGUCAUGCUUUAAAGAUCGGCUAUGGGAAAGUAGUACCAACAAACCGCCUUUGGGUGGGGGGUCUGGGACCUUGGGUACCAGUAACUGCAUUGGCCCGGGAAUUUGAUAGAUUUGGCACCAUCCGUCAAAUUGAUUACCGCAAGGGGGAAAACUGGGCGUAUAUACAAUAUGAAAGUCUGGAUGCUGCCCAAGCUGCCUGUACCCAGAUGAGAGGCUUCCCUAUGGGGGGUGACCAUAGAAGACUUCGUGUGGAUUUUGCAGAAGCAGAUGUUCGUUUUCCACAUCCUUAUGUUCAGCCAUUACCCAUCCCUUAUAUUGAUUUUGGAGAGGAGACACCAGGACAUCGGACUAGUGAAGCCAGCAGAGCCAGAGAUCGUUCACCACCUUUAAUAUUCAGGGACAGGGAAAGAGAUGCUUAUACAAACAAUGAUUGGGUGUCACCUCCUGCCAGAGACAGACACAGAGUCACUAGUGAAUCUCUUGAAACAAUAGAACGACGUGCAGAUAAUUGGGCUUUAGACAGAGACCGUGAAAGAGAUGAAGUGAACAGAGAUCAGCCCAGGAAAAGGAGACUGGAUGAUAGCCGUCACCUAGACAGAUCACCAGAGAGUGACCGCUCUAGAAAGAGACACUGUGUCACUCCUGAACGUAGCCCUGAAGGCAGUGGAGGUCGAGACAACCGUUACAAUGACUCUGAUCGAGUAGCAUGCCGCUCCUCACCUUCUAGAGAUUGGAAGGGAAGCCUGGAGCGGGGUCAAGAAGACAAACAUGAUAGAAAAAACUCAGUUGAAAGAGAAAGAAGGCAUCGUGUACCUGCAAAUAAAAGCCCUUUAAAAAAGGAUGAGCAUCCAGAGGGCAACAGCAAAGUGAAACCUCCACAAAAAUCAGAAGCAGCACACAAGCUGUGUCUGGCUUGGCAAGGUAUGCUGCUGCUUAAGAACAGCAAUUUUCCAUCCAAUAUGCACCUUUUGCAAGGAGAUCUUGGAGUUGCAUCCAGCUUGCUGGUUGAGGGACCUUCAGGAGGAAAGGUGGCACAGCUAAAAAUUACACAGCGCCUACGACUUGACCAGCCAAAGUUGGAUGAAGUUACUCGACGCAUCAGAGUGGCAGGGCCUAAUGGCUAUGCCAUCCUACUUGCCAUUCCUGGUACUUCCGAGGGUUCAUCAGUGGACCAAGCCAGUUCAACACAACGACCCCUAAGAAACCUGGUGUCCUACUUAAAACAAAAACAAGCCGCAGGUGUUAUCAGCCUGCCCGUUGGGAGCAAUAAAGACAAAGAUCAUGCAGGAGUUCUUCAUGCUUUUCCUCCCUGUAAUUUUUCCCAGCAGUUUCUUGAUGCUGAAGCAAAAGCCCUUGUGAAGUCUGAUGAUGACUACCUUAUAAUGAUUAUAGUUCGUGGGGCAUCCUAGGUCCAUGUUUGUAUUUCUGUCUACUAUUCACAAGCUGGCUCAUGGGAAAAGAAGAUCCUUAUUUUCAAGCAACUGUUACUAAGUGGAAAGCUGAAGAAAGAAGUGUCAAUUUAUUACUUGCACAUUUUACUAUAUUGGCAGCUUUAAAAAAAAAAAAAGGAAAUAUAUAUAUAUAUUGUGUAUGUGCUGUUGUGAUGCCAGUUCCCGUGUUUUAAGUGAAAACAUGAUGACUUCAUACAUUUGUGCUAUAUACACAAGAUUUCUGGAAAGUGAGGAAUAUCCAUUUCUGGCUCACACAGCUUAACAUAGCAGUCAUUCAAACAGUGCAUACACAGUUGAGCUGAUUUUGUUUCAUUCUCAAUAAAUUGUUUCUUUUGAGGAAAAUGUCUUUCUGCCUGGAAGUAAAUUGACAGCAAAACUCUCCCUUGGUUUUCAGCUGAGGGGACUGUCCCAUUUGUGAAUGCUUGCAAUGUUAAACAAAGGCUGUGAUUCAUAAUCCACAACCUGUACAACACUGACAUAUUCAUUAUAAAGUGUUUUUUUUUAAUUUU